AUGCAUAUGCCAAGGAAGACCGCAUAUGCUGAGCAGCCAGACUGUGCAGCGAAUAUCCUGAAGGGUGACCCUUGCUUCUACAUUGCUACUAUUGAUUCCACCAAAUCAGGCCGCUUUAUUUACAUGCAAUACGGAGAUCUGUCAAUGCUGCUCAAAGGACUGCUACAAUCAAUCCCCCUUGAGUCAUUGCUACGUCACAUGGCCUUCAAGGCAGUCAGUCAGGGCCAAAUGUUGCCAUACCAACGGGUUCAAGUUGGCACCAAACCUCCGCAGGCCAUGGUGUGGGUUAUACCGUUCAAUCAUGCGGCUUAUGCUUCUGAAUGUGAACACUGGUCGAAGCUUUCAUACGUGGGAUCACUUGCAGAAACAAUCAGUCUCGAUAUUUCUGUUGUGCACAAUGCCGCCCCUAAGCGCAAAGGGAGCCAGUGGUACACCGAUCACAGCAAAAAAGAUAUUCAUGCGCAGAUAGAUGCCCCCGGCCUCAUCAAAAUCGCACUCGACACUAAUUUCCAUGGCACACAUGGGAAUUCGUUGUCCGGGAUGUGGGCUAGGGUCGAUCUUUCAACCCAUCCAGCGAAUAGGCCGUACUUUUACACAGAGUGUUGGCAAGCAUCGAAGAGGGCCGGUAAGGAGUGUAAAGUAUUCAAGUCAAAGCAGUUUACCUUGAUGGUAGUUGUCCCUGGGUCCCAGUGGCGCAAGUACAAAGAAUGGCUUGAGAAAACUGAGCAUGCCACUGCAUCACCAGCGAUGGAACAACAACUCAAUCUGCCCUCUGUUGAAGAGUCUGUUACGACCUCAAAGAGAGCACAUCAGCGCAGUGACAGCAUCUCUAUCACGACACCUUCCAACAAGUCACCACCCCACAAAAAAUUCGCAGCAGGCAGCACCUCCUGCUCUCCAAGCCCGAGCCCCAAUUGUGAGGGCCUAAGUGAGGCACUGAGGAUUGGCGGAACUGUGAACAUGGAUGUCAGGCAAUUGUUAGAUUUACAGAACGAGAAUAUCCAAUACUACCUGAUACCCACACGCCCUCUCACAGCCAUGCUGAAGAACCCUAAAUUCCUAUCCUACGACAUCGAGACUGUCGAGUGCUUGACGGGUCAACUGACCAUCAAUCCAUCCAUGGCCAGCAUUUUGGGUGCUGGCGCGUUCAAAAUGGCGCACCCAGGCUGGUUGACCCUGUUCGCCCCUCCCUCGUCUGGUUUUGGAUCUAAGACAUGCAAUGAUGUUGCAGUCAAGCAGGCUUACUACAAGGCUUACCCACCAGGCGCUAGCAGCACAUCCCUUAAGUACAAGAUCGGUCGUUACGCUCUUCCAGAUGAGGUUCACUUUGUGGAUGCUGGUAUCGCAUUUGCAUUUGGUCCACUGCCUGCAUCCAAAGCAGCCUCAAAGUGGUCGGCAAGCUCAGCGCAUGCAGUUUAUCUUGUAGAGGAACUCAUUCCUGGCGGGAACGACAAAUUCCUGAAAUACAUUCACAAUAUGGACACGAAUCUGACUACUGUAUGUCAAGACACAUGGUCUAGCUUUUAUUUCAGACUAUCAAGGUUUUGUCUUAAAAUUCCAGGAAGCUCCGAGCUAUUGACCGACCCCCAAAUCUUGAUGCAUCCCACUGUGAGCCCAGGUAUCGAUAUCUUCGGAGAUGGCAACAUGGAGGUUGCUGUUAGUUUCGGCCUACAAUCAUUUGCAAAGCAGGCAGAUGGUAGCAUAGAUGACACUGCCAAGUCUGCCGCCGAUGGUAGCGUAGAUGAUGACGCUGAGCCUGCUGCUGGUAGUGGCGGGGAUGAUGCUGAUGUCUCUUGA